AUGUCGAAAGUAAUCAGAAGCGUCAAGAAUGUGACCAAGGGCUACUCCAGCGUCCAGGUCAAGGUGCGCGAAGCCACAAGUAACGACCCAUGGGGCCCGACCGGGACGCAGAUGAGCGAGAUCGCUCAGUUGACAUACAACUCGUCGACCGAGUUCUACGACAUAGUUGACAUGCUCGACAAGCGCCUGAACGACAAGGGCAAGAACUGGCGACACGUGCUCAAGGCCCUCAAGGUCCUCGACUACUGCCUGCACGAGGGCUCGGAGCUGGUCGUGACGUGGGCUCGUAAGAACGUUUACAUCAUCAAGACCCUGCGCGAGUUCCAGUACGUCGACGAAGACGGUCGCGAUGUCGGGCAAAAUGUCCGAGUGGCCGCAAAGGAACUUACCGCCCUGCUGCUCGAUGAAGAGCGCCUCCGAGUCGAGAGAAGCGAUAGGAAGACCUGGAAGUCUCGGGUGACAGGUAUCGAGGAGUUCGCACCAGAGGGCAGCGUCCCGCCGCCAUCCCAGCGACGCCAGCGCACGCGCAGGUACAGCGACGAAGACGAUGCCGAGUAUAAGCUCGCUUUGGAGGCGAGCAAGUACCAGGAGGAAGAGGAUCGAAGGAGACGAGAGGGCAACCAAGGUGCCGCCGACACCGACGACGAUCUCGCAAAGGCCAUCAAGCUGAGCAAGGAGGAGGACGAACGCAGAAAGCGCGAGCUGGAAGAACAAAACGCCCAGUCCCUAUUCGCCGAUGACGAUCCGUUCCCUUCGACAAGCCAGCCGCAGCCUACCGGCUUCAACAUGGGAUACCAGCAGGGCAACAAUGUCGACUGGUUCGGCAACCCUACCACUCAAAGCCCGGUAGCAGGGCAACCGACGGGCUACAACUUUAACAACAUGCCCAACCAGCAGUACACCGGUUUCCAGAACAAUGGCUUCCAGAAUGGCUUUGGUGCUCAGCAGACCGGCAUGUACGAUCCCUACGGUCAGCAGCAACAGCAACAACCACAACAAUUUGUUCCCCAGCCGACGGGCUUCAACAAUCCCUAUGCGCAACAGCAGCAAUUCCAGCAGCCUCAGCAGACUGCUACCCCCGAACCCGUUGCCCAGGCUGGCAGCAACAACCCAUUUGGCCGCCAGCAGACCUCGUCCCCUAUGAUGGCUCAGCCAACGGGCUCCAACAACCCAUUUGCCUCGGGCAUGAACAAACCCCAGCCACAGAGAGCACCUACGAUGCCGACUCUCAAUGAGCUACAGUCUAUGCCCGAACCCAAGUCAUUGCAGACCUUCACCCCACCCCCACAGCCAACCUUCCAGCAACCGCCGCAACCACAGCAGCCUCAACGAGAGCUCACUGAGCAUGAGUCAAGGCUCAACCAGCUCCUGGCGUCUGGGGAUGGCAUGGACACAUUUGGCAACACCGGAAACCUGCGUAUUCCCGCCCAACACACCGCCCCAGGCACCUUUGUCAACUCGGCCGGAGCUGGACUCAACAAACUCAACGCCGAGGCGACGGGCAACAACCCCUUCCUGCGUCAGCAGUUUACCGGCAUGCCCCAGGUGUCGUAUCAGCAGCAGCAGCAGCAGCACCCUCAAAUGCCCGCGGCUACCGGCCCGGCUAACAUGGGUAUGAACGGGUUCGGUGGACAGAGCAACCCCUUCUCGGCGCGGCCGCAGCAGCAGAACGGCCAGGGACAGGACCUGAUCCAGUUUUAA